AUGCUUGGAAGACGAAAAACUCCCAAAUCUCCAGGUUCAGAAACAACAAUGACGAAUAACAAUAAUAGACGAUCACCCAAAAAUCGUGAUAGUAUUAGUAGUGCAAGAGAUAAAGAAAUACAAAAGGGUGGAAUUGAUCAUGUUGGUAACGGAAUUACAGAAUACACAGCAUAUGUAAAAAAACGACCAGAACACGAAUAUACAGCAUAUGCAGCUAGUCCUUUUUCAAGAGAAGAAGAGUUAGUGAGAAAACUCUUAGAAUCAGAUCAAGCAUCUGAAACAUCGUCAGUUCAAGGAGUGAUUGCAAGAAUACAUCAUCGUCAUACUAUCAAUACAAAUAAUUAUAUUACAAAUGUUUAUCAGAAUAAAUUUUUUUUAAUUUGUUUGAUUAUAUUAAUUAUGACUGUAAUUUAUAGUAAUAAUAGAAAUUAUAGCGAUAACUCGCCAUUAUCAAAGCUUGAAUCCCUUGUAAGAUUUCAAUUCUGGCAAACGGAUGAUAAUACUUUUAAAAUAAAACAUAUUGUUGAAGGAAAAGGUAACGUUUUAUCAGGCGAUGAUAACGAUACGGUGCUUACUAUAGACGAUUUGAAAGCGAUUAUUAUGGACGAGGUUAAAAAUUGUAUGGGAAAUUCAGGCAACAUAAAAUCCAAUGAACCGAAUCCUGAUUUUUUUCGUUCAUUAAUAAAUUCAGAAGUUAAGUCAAUAUGUUUAUCAGAACUUAAAAAAGAAACUUCACAAAUCAAAAGCGAAACACAAAGAUACAGAGGUAGAAAACAAGAAAGACAAGAAUUACUUGAUUUGAUACGAAAAGAAGCUAAGGAUAUUGUAUCACAAGAACUUUUGGUGUUUUCUCAAGAUAAAUUGAAUCGACCAGAUUUUGCUCUUCAUUCAGGUGGUGCCAAAGUUAUCAGUAGAUUUACAAGUAAAACUUAUGAGCUUUGGCCUGAAAAAUGGUAUCAAAGAUUAUUUGCAUAUGUAUCAGGUCAAGGUAUAUUAAGAGGCAAACCACCAGUGACAGCUAUUUCACCAGACAUCAACGUUGGACAAUGUUGGCCUUUUCCAGGUCAGGACGGUCAAAUAGCAGUAUUAUUGAAUAGACGAGUUUAUGUCACCGCAGUUACCUAUGAUCAUGUUAGUAAACGUGUCGCGGUGGAUGUCCUUAGUGCACCCAAAGAAUUUGAAGUUUGGGGAAUUAUAGAUGACGGAACUGGUGGCAGAACCAAGAACACAAAAAAUAUCGAUUAUGAAGAUGAUGGUGAGGGAUUGUUUAUGGAGUCUAAAGAGGAAGAUUGUGGUUUUCGUCAAGACGGAGAAUACGUACCAAAUAAAAACAACGAUGAUGAUGAUAACAAUGAAUCAAAAUCUUUUGUUGAUAUUGAUCAAUCAUUAGAAAAUAUCACGACGGGUGAUCUUAAACUUGGAACUUCAUCGCUCCAUUUAUUUUUAGGUCGUUACACAUAUGAUAUUGAAGGAUUACCAAUACAAACAUUUGAAGUGCCAUCAGAUCUUCGUAAAGAUAAUAAACCUGUAAGAGCUGUCAUUAUGAAAAUUAAUAGUAAUUGGGGCAAACCUGGCUACACUUGUUUGUAUAGAUUUCGUGUUCAUGGGGAUCCUGUAGAUAAAUUAGAAAAUUAA